GCAAUAGAGAUGGUUUUAGGGGGAUGGUUUUAACACGUAUCCUCAGCUGAACCGGUUUUGCUUUGAGGCUUUGGCUCAUUCAUGCCGCUCAUACAGCGGAGCUGAUCCCUGUGGGUCUGAACUCAGAGAGCAGCUAAGCCGUUUCCUCUUCAAUUCUGAUGCUGAUGGUCUCGUUAAGAUGACUAUGGCCUCUAUUCUUUGCUGGCUGCGGGACUCCCUGCCACGGCCAUUUUCAUGGUCACAUCACCCACGGGCAUCCAGAGGUGGCAAACUAAACGAAGCAGCGGGGUGUUCUGAGUAGGAAACACCUGGUUUCUUAUCAAGGGUUAGGCGUGGUGUUAAAACCAUUCGACCUCCGACGGUGUUUUGCCUGUAUUUGUAAUAUCAAAUGAAUAAUUUCAAAGAACCACAAAAGGAUCCUGAAAUGUACACAGAAAGUCUAUUAAUAUAUAAAUAUAACUCUUUGUCAAUACACUACAACUUGUUCUGGUUUGAGAUUUUGCCUCCUCUGUUUGAAUGGACCCUUUGCGCUCCGGCUCCCUCCCACUUACAUUGUGUUUUCCUGCUCCCCCGCUGAGAGCAGCUGCGCUGAUAGGUUCACAAGUUUAGGGACUGGCCCACCGAGCACCGGCUUCCAAACAUAUAAAGCCCGGACUCCCGGAAUACACAGCACACAGCUGGCGCACAGGAACCUGGGAAUAGCAAAUGCGCCUUUACGCACGACUUAGUGUCAUUGGCCUAUAUAUAUACGCACGACAACUCUCCAGUGCCAGUUUGGCACCGUUGUGAUUCCGCAUAUUUUAACAUUUGAAUUGUGUACCAUGACUCUUCCUAUUGAAUGUGAAGCUUUGCAUCAUACCGGCUUGCCACUGGAGAAGGAUGAGAUUGACAUCGUGGGCAAGGAUCACCCAACACACGGACGAUUUUAUGGAAUCAGCUGUUCCACAGACGCCGUUUCCUCGGUAGAAUCAGGCGCCGAAUUUGACUCCUCAGAGCCAGACUCGUCAGGGGAGAGUGAGAGCAGGUUCUGCGCAGACGCACAGCCGUCCAGGAAAGUCCAGAACGGCUCAGUGAAGCCUCCUUACUCCUACAUUGCCCUCAUCACCAUGGCCAUCCUGCAGAGCCCCAUGAAGAAGCUCACCCUGAGUGGCAUCUGCGACUUUAUCAGCAACAAGUUCCCCUACUACCGGGACAAGUUCCCCGCCUGGCAGAACUCCAUCAGACACAACCUGUCUCUCAACGACUGCUUCAUCAAGAUCCCCAGGGAGCCCGGGAACCUGGGUAAGGGUAACUACUGGUCUCUGGAUCCAGCUUCAGAAGACAUGUUUGACAACGGAAGCUUCCUGCGGAGAAGGAAGCGUUUCAAGAGGAACCAGAGUGAAUUCGGCAGGGACGAACUUGUGUUUUAUUCCGGUAUGAACUUGCACCGAUCAUACGGGCAGCCCUUCAGCAGACAAGGGCAGGUUAGCCCUCCACUCACUGCACCUCUCCGGUAUGUGUCCUUGCAGGGUGGCAUCAUGAUGCCUCCCUCCAACUACCGCCUUCUGCUACGGACUCUGAACAGCCAGGGGAAGUGCGCCGCUGCUCCCAAAGACUUAAGAGCACAGCUUUGCGCAUCAGAGCCCGUAGUGCCAAAGCCAGGCCCGCAGGUUAAAUGCUCCUUUAGCAUCGACAGCAUCAUCGGCAAACCUUCCACUUGCACCCGGCAGAACCCAAGCCCACAGCAGAACCCCCUACUGUACGGACAUCUCAUGUCUGGCACCAGUCAAUGUUUGGUUCCGACUCUCGUGCAGACUCACAUAACCCCUUUAUGUCCCCCGGCCAUGCUCUCUUAAACAAACACCUCAGACUCUCGUACCCUCGCUGCUGAGUGGUAAAAUAUUAAAAAACA